GGAAACCCAAACCCAACCCAACCCAACCCCAACCCCAAACCCCCAACCACCACGCCUGAGCCAAGCAAACGCGAGCGAGGCCGACGAGGAGUCGUCGCGGCGCCGCGCGGCUGAUCGGAGCGGAGAGGGGCGGGCGGGAUGGUGGGGCUCGUAGGAGGAGGCGGGGCUGGGAGGAGCUGGAGGGAGGAGGCGGCCGGGGGAGGCGGGGCGGCGGCGGCGGAGGCGGAGCACAUGCGGAGGCUGCACAGCCACGCCCCCGGGGAGCACCAGUGCAGCUCCGCGCUCGUCAAGCACAUCAAGGCUCCGGUCCACCUCGUGUGGUCUCUGGUGCGGAGCUUCGACCAGCCGCAGCGGUACAAGCCGUUCGUCAGCCGCUGCGUCGUGCGCGGCGGCGACCUCGAGAUCGGCAGCGUGCGCGAGGUCAACGUCAAGACCGGCCUGCCGGCGACCACCAGCACGGAGAGGCUCGAGCUGCUCGACGACGACGAGCACAUCCUCAGCGUCAAGUUCGUCGGCGGAGACCACCGGCUCAGGAACUACUCAUCCAUCAUAACUGUUCAUCCGGAGAGCAUCGAUGGGAGACCAGGGACGCUUGUGAUUGAAUCCUUUGUGGUCGACGUUCCUGAUGGAAAUACAAAGGAUGAGACAUGCUACUUUGUUGAGGCCGUGAUCAAGUGCAACCUAACAUCUCUUGCAGAGGUAUCAGAGCGGCUAGCAGUUCAGUCACCUACCUCGCCACUUGAACAGUAGUAUCGUCACCUGCACGGGACCCAGGACAUGCGAAUUGGCAUGAAUAAGAAGCUUCGAAGGGUUGCUAGAGCUUUCAAUCUUUUUGAGACUGGUAGUUUCUCCAUUGUCUUCGAUAUAUAUGCCUCUUGUAAGGAUUAGUACGUAGGCUUAUGCAUGUUUAGUUGCUGGCUAGUGAUGGGCUUAGUUUUUAGGGACUGCACCUUAGCUACCUUGUGGUUAUGUAUGCAUACUGCUAGUAUGUGUAGAUAAAUAGGGAAGCAUGGAGUGGUUUUUGCCUCUUUGGUGCAUUUGAAACAAUCUCUGGAGUUCUUUUUCCUGCAUUUGAGCUGGCUGCCCAUUGUAGUA